GACUGAGACAUGAACCUUGACAUGAACCUGGAAUUGCAAAUUUAUUGACAAAAUCAUAUAAAGAAAGUCUUCUUUUUGCAUUAUUUUUAGUUUGAAAGCAUUUUAAUUACACUAGGUUUUUAAGAUGCUGACUUUUACAUUACAGACGAUGAACAUAAUUUAAACUCAUAUUUUGCUCGUAUUGCCGGAGAAAGACUCGGAACACAGGAUGCCUGAGCAGCAGUGUCUGUAUCAGGCUCAGCGCCGUGCCAGGACUAUCCGGCAAGUGCUGUUUCAGCAGGAGCUUCGGAGGUCCCUGGGCUUUCCCAGCAGUCCUCAAAAGAUCAGCUGCUUCGGCGGACCGGUCUCGCCUCUUCCAUACACACGAUGUGCGCCGUCCUACCACCACAACCAGCGGAACUUCGUGGCCGGGAGGGACAAGGCCGGCCAGUGCAUCCCGAUGCAGCUGCGCUUCCGGCCAAAGUACACCCCACUUCCUCCGAGCAUCGCCCCUGUCUGCGGCAACGUUGGGGGCCAGUUUCCUGCCAGCCUUCCAACUGGAACAAACUUAUCCGCCUACCUGGAGUCGCCGGGCGACCCGGGCUUUCAGUCAGCUUCUCGAGACUUCUCCCGUAAUUCACAUCACCAAAAAUGUGACUACGUCGCCAACUUUCGUAAGCCGGCGAGCAUGGUGGACCCCUGUCCGUACCCGCCCCCGGAGCCGAGGAACCCUCUGCUGUGCAUCAACGACGGCCUCGUGGUCGGCUUCACCCCGGAUCACACGCUCAUCAACGAGCUCACGGAGGACGACUGUCAGAAGCUGGGCCUGUGCGGGCCACGCCGGACCCCCGACUUCUUCGUCACCUCGCCGAUCACGCUGAACGCCGUCAAGACGUCGAUCCCGGGCCUGGAGAAGGCGAUGCUGUACCCUCCGAAGCCGUGGAGGGACUCGUGUGGCGGCCGGGUGUACCACCGGCUGGCCAACAACGACUAUUUCGAGCAGUGGUGACGUCCGUUCUAUGUUUAUUUGAGUUUUGUGUUAGUCAAACAUUUGCUAAAAUACACCGAGGCCCGAGCCUCCUCUGGCAUGGUCUAAACGCUGGGUACUCCGAAGUGGUCGUUGACGGCAGUUGGGGCCGGCAGUAGUGUUGACCGUCGUCCCAUGGUUUGUUACGGCGCAUUCAGAGUACCGACGAUGCCCUGACCUUGCUAUCGACCGACCCUGGCGACGCCCAUGACACGGUCGAUAAAGACCACAGUCGGCGGCAAAAAGUACUGUUUGUUGAAGGCGUCCGGCUGCAGGCUCGGGCUGCCCGCGUUCUCCAGCAAUAGACAGGCCUUGUCCUAUUGAAUGGACUCGGCACCAUAUGUGUUAACACGGUGGCGAUAGCCAAGAUUACUUUACGACGCCCAAUACCGCAUCGCCUAACACAUGCCUGUCACCAACCGUUUCCAGUAGGAGAUGAGUCACCUUGCAUCCCUCAUGAUGACUUGUAACUUAGAGCCGCUAGCUUUUCACCCAGGCGAAGCAUGAUGCUGCGCUGCAGAACACACCUGAGGUGAUGAACCUGCCCGCGCUGAACGUUCAGAGACAGUGGUUUGGGCCAGUGUCGGGCCCGGGCUCCCACUCGACUCAUGGGAGCCGCGGCGGGUUUGUGGGGCGCGUAACCUGCAGCUCUACAGACGUCCUUGGGUCUAGCCGGCGGCCGGCGGCUCACAUCAAUAGUGACGUCCGUCGGCGGCGGCGGCAGCGUUACCCGCGUGGAGGUGUGGGCCGGACCAGAAGACGAGAGGACGGCGAGGGAGCGACUGGGACUGUCAGCACUGCCGCCGUCGUCACAAACACAGGCUGUGAGUUCCGACAGUCAUGUCGCGCAUCAUUAUGUUCCUGGGUACGACCCGUGACGGGCGCAAUGGAGAGCGUGUCGCCAAACACCUCAUCAAGCUGCUCGAGGAGAAAAACCACUCCGUCAACCUCUUCGACCCGCUGAAGAUGCCGUUCGAGCUGCUGCGGCAGCCGCUGCACUUUAUGCCGGACCAGUCGGCCGCCCCCCAGUGGCUGCGAGACGCCAACGCCGAGAUCGCGGCCGCCGACGGGUUCGUGGUGGUGACGCCCGAGUACAACUGCUCGCUGCCGCCGGCGCUGGUCAACAUGCUCGACCACUUCCCGCCGGCCUCCUUCCGACACCGGCCCGUCGGCAUCGCCUGCUACUCGCUCGGUCCGUUCGGCGGUAUGCGUGCGGCGGCGUUCGCGCGCCCCCACCUGAGCGAGCUGGGCCUGGUGAGCAUCCCGGCCCAGUUCACCGUGCCCACCGUCACCCAGAGCUACUCGGCCGACGGACAGCCGCAGAACGAGCGCAUCGAGACCAACGCCGCCCGGCUGGUCACCGAGCUGACCUGGUACGUGGACGCCCUGAAGGCGGCCAGGACCGCCGGUGUGCCCAACUGAGAACGUCACUGGCUUACACGGCCGGCGGGCAGUGGUGGCUGCGGGGCCGUGAAAAACAGGAACAUGAGCAGUAUUCUGUCACGGGUGGUCCGCUUUCUGUCCUAUUUGAAACUCGUGGUCUUACUGGAUGUUUAUGGUGUGCGUAAUUUUCGGAAGUUGAAUAGGAAUAUACUUGUAACGUCUUUCAUUCAUAGUACUUGUUUCAUGCCUUCACAUCAUUUCUUGAGUUAAGGCCAGGAUUGCAGAAAUACAGGGAUGAGCAGGUUAGAAGUGUCAGAAGUGACAUGUUUCAUAGCUUGUCACGUUAUUAACACGAAUGAAUGACAUGGAUAAUUCAGCGCCUUGUCCGGUAGGUGUGCGUUUUUAUUUCCUACACAGUCUUGACAAGCGUGAAUACCGAAUACCAAGAUCGACUUUUUGAAGGAUGUCACAUUUUUCCUUUGUGAUAUUAAACGGCUAUAAUACUCAAUACAAACGUCGAUAUAA